AUGUCAGAUAUUGAUCACCUUAGCCCAGAAAUUAUUCCGAUGAUUGCUCGAUAUCUUGAAAGCAGAGACUUCUUCAACCUUCGCCUGGGUAGUUUGUACCUAAGAGACAGCACCUUCGCGCUCUUCCUCAAGCUCUACUUCCGCACGCGAACCCACAUGUUAAGCCGGCACAGCCUUAUGAAAUUACUCGACAUAUCGCAUCAUCCGAUUCUAGGUCCUUCGAUACGCUCUGUGGUCAUCACUACCAAUCACUUGACUCCGGAUGGACUUUCGGAUGAGCCCUACCUUCCAACCUGGAUGGAGCGAAAUGUCUACCCGAUCGAUAAAAAGAGGUAUCGUGAAUAUUAUAUACAACAAAAUUCCUUCCGACAAUCAGGCUUGGACACAACAUAUCUAUCAGAAAUACUAGCGAAUGCGGUUCAUUGUCGAACUCUGGCCCUGGCUGACCGCGAUCAGCCCUGGGGGGCUGCAUUUCUAGAAAGAGAAACCGGGGUCUACCCGACCUCAAGUAUGGAAAACGAAUACAGCAAGAUCUAUGUUCAACAAGUGACCCAUGUGAUUAUUGCCGCUGCGACCGCCAGCGGAGUUUCAAUAGAGAAAUUCGAAUUGAAUGCUGGACUUGGGCGAGCAAUGAAUCCAAGUGUGCUCAGAUUCCCCGAACUUCACCGAAUACAACUACCGUGGGCUGCGACACUCACCUCGUUGCGGCUUUUGAUGAGUCCGAAUUAUGACGAAGAUCCACAUGUUUGGUCUAAGCCUCUCGCUGAUUUCAUUUCGCUCUUUCCACGAUUAGAGGUACUUGACCUGUAUUUCAACAGACGUCUGCAGCAAGCCGGAUUCCAGGCGCUCAGUCAGGCAUUAAGUCUACCAAAUCUUCGAAUUUUACGGCUUGGCGGCUUUGACUGUCUUUCAGAUGACCUGCUAUUACUUUUCGGCAUCCACCAAAACAGCUUGAGAGAGGUUGUCUUAAACCAUGUUGGUAUUAGUACACGCCUAGAUGGCUCGUGGCAGAAGUUGGUGACUAUGCUGCACGCCCAGCUUCAAAUUACGAAGUUGGAAAUCGUGGGAUGCAAUGUUGAUGGUCAUUUGAUAUGUCUCCGGAAGAGUGAUCUUAGCUUGUCGGCGCAAUCUCAAGUACUUGGUGAAACCCGUCAGUUGCUAUACGUCUGA